AUGGAAUCUUACGAAUUCGCCGAAAAGUUAUACGUAGACGACAAGCACCGUGCCCACCGGUGCCACAUGCUCCUUGUCGGCCACUACUCACGGAAGUCCGGAGGUCCGCCAGUAUGGGCGCGUGCAACAGGUGAACGAGUUUGUUACUACUCGGGAGCUGGAACUCAGGUCAAUCCGUUAGUUCAGGAUAUACACUCCUCGAAAGUUUACUACGACCCCCCCUUCAGCAUUAUUGGUGGCUCGCAAGACUACAGUAAUGCAAGGCCUGGUAUGAACCCGGAACGGAAACUUGAGCGCGCGGUAGUCGAAUCUGCAAUCAACCUUAUCUUUCUGGCGAGUGGCCGCCUAGAGAAGGUCUUCGACGUAGUGAACCCGGACCUACUGGGUAACUUCAAACUUGCGUGUGCAAAUGUAAACCGACACCGGAAGCCUCUACAUAUUACCAGCGAUGCCCUUAUUCUAGGGGCGAGUGUGAUACCACGUCGCGGUGACAGCACUCUAUCUUUGGAGCCGCAUGGACAACUUCACAGCAAGGAUUUGGUUCCGAUCGAUGCACGAAAACGACGAUUCGUAGACAGCAGGGAUUUGACCAAUGAUUCGUCACAGGCCUUGAUCAAACGUGCACGUCUAUUCGAUCACAUCAGUAGCUAUGAAACAGAGAUGCGCGCGGAGUUGGAGCACGAGAUGCUAGAUCUGAGGGCUCAGCUCGAGGAACAAAAGGCGAAGACCAACGCGGCAAAAGAAAGACACAGGCGAGAAAAGACCAAGCGUCGGGAAGCGCAGGUACAAUCUAAGGCAUGGAAAAGGAAAUAUACCACGCAACAAGACCGACCGGAACAAGCCGUAUUAGACGUCAAACCAGAGGAAGAAGAAGAGGAAGAGCAAGACUGGAAGUCCAUGCUCUUCGAGCAAGAGAGACAGACCGAGCAUUACAAGGUCAAGUUUAUCGCAAUCAAGGAGCAGAAGGUUCAGUGGGAUAUGGAGCAGAAGAAGAUGAGUGACGCGAUCUAUGCCCUCGAAUCCAAGAUCGCGCGCCUGAAAAAUCAGAUCGGGAAUUUGGAGGCUAGUUCCGGGAAGCAAAAGGAGAAGCUCGUGAAGCAGUCACGAGAACUUGCCAAAGAGACGGAAGCACGAAUUUUCUGGCAGAGGAAGCAUGCGGAUUUGCUGGCUGACUCACGAGACCAUAGACUGCAUCGUACCAACUCAGCAGCUCGCCAAGAUCAAGACGUGAGAGCUCCACUAUACGGUAACCCUACAUCACGUCCGUCGGCAUAUCGUACAUUCAACACAGGAGCACACUGGAACUGA